AUGAGGCUGGCGCUGCUUCUGCCGGCCAUCUCGGCCGUCUCGGCCUUUCAGCGCACCAGGCAAACUUCCACGGUCGUCCAGGAGCAACUGGAUGGCCUGAUUGGAGAGCAGUUGGCAAGGAGGCCAUCUGAGGAGCUGGUCUGGCAGGAGUUCAUUCCCCUCAGCCCCGCAGAGGUUGAGGCGCAGGAGAUCAUUCCAGAGGCGCCAAAGACGGGCGUUGAGGAGAUCAUGCCGCACCUUGAAAAGAGGGCGCCAGAGAACAAGGUGGAGGAGAUCAUUCCGUUCAUUCCAGAGAAAGCUCCGAAGAGAGAAGUGGAGGAGUUCGUCCCACUCGCCGCGGAGCAGGCUUUGAGGGCCGAUGCGCCCGACGAGACUGUCAAGGACGUCUCCAGGACAGCUUCGGAUGUCUACCAGGCACUGGGCAAUGUCUCAAAGAAUCAGAGCAGCAAUGUCACCGAGGUCGUAGGUGACGUUGGCAAGGUGGUGUCCGACUUGGUCACUCCCCACGGCUCCCAGGAUUCUCAGGAUACGACUGAUGAAGGUGCCAACCAGACAGGAGUGGUUUUUGACGUCUCCAAGACAGCUUCAGAUGUCUACCAGGCACUGGGUAAUGUCUCCAAGAAUCAGAGCGGCAACGUCACCGAAGUCGUAGGUGACGUUGGCCAGGUGGUGUCCGACUUGGUCACUCCCCACGGCUCCCAGGAUUCUCAGGAUACGACUGAUGAAGGUGCCAACCAGACAGGAGUGGUUUUUGACGUCUCCAAGACAGCUUCAGAUGUCUACCAGGCACUGGGCAAUGUCUCCAAGAAUGAGAGCAGCAACGUCACCGAAGUCGUAGGUGACGUUGGCAAGGUGGUGUCCGACUUGGUCACUCCCCACGGCUCCCAGGAUUCUCAGGAUACGACUGAUGAAGGUGCCAACCAGACAGGAGUGGUUUUUGACGUCUCCAAGACAGCUUCAGAUGUCUACCAGGCUCUGGGCAAUGUGUCCAAGAAUCAGAGCGGCAACGUCACCGAAGUCGUGGGUGAUGUCGGCAAAGUGGUGUCCGACUUGGUGAUACCCCGCUCCCAGGGUACGAUCGAAGGGUCCAACCUGACAGGAGUGGAAGAGCAGAUCUCCAAGGCGGUAUCUGGUGCCAAGAAGGCAUUGAGCAACACCUCCAACCCGAGCAUCAACAUCACCGCAGUGGUGAGUGAGGCAGGCAAAGCGGCGCCGGCUGCAGCGGCUGCAGCUGCAGCCGCUGCCAGCAAUUCCACUGCUUCAGCUGCCAACCAAACAGAUGUGGAAGAGCAAAUCUCCAAGGUGGUAUCUGGUGCCAAGAAGGCAUUGAGCAACACCUCCAACCCGAGCAUCAACAUCACCGCAGUGGUGAGUCAGGCGGGCAAAGCGGUGCCGGCUGCAGGGGCUGCAGCGGCUGCAGCGGCUGCAGCAGCUGCAGCGGCUGCCAGCAAUUCCACUGUCUCAGCUGCCAACCAGUCAGACGUGGAAGAGCAGAUCUCCAAGGUGGUAUCUGGUGCCAAGAAGGCAUUGAGCAACACCUCCAACCCGAGCAUCAACAUCACCGCAGUGGUGAGUGAGGCAGGCAAAGCGGCGCCGGCUGCAGCGGCUGCAGCUGCAGCCGCUGCCAGCAAUUCCACUGCUUCAGCUGCCAACCAAACAGAUGUGGAAGAGCAAAUCUCCAAGGUGGUAUCUGGCGCCAAGAAGGUGUUGAGCAACGCUUCCAACCCGAGCAUCAACAUUACCGUGGUAAGUGAGGCCGGCAAAGCGGCGCCGGCUGCACGGCUGCCAGCAAUUCCACUGCCGCAGCUGCCAAUCAGUCAGAUGUGGAAGAGCAGAUCUCCAAGGUGGUAUCUGGCACCAAGAAGGCAUUGA